GAACAAAAGUCCAUUCAAUUCCAAGUUAUUGAAGUGGGUAAACAUGGUUGAAAGUUUGUUGAAAUUGGGCACCCCUCCUCUUUCUAAGCCCCUACUGCCACUUCCAUUUCAAUUUUCUCUGUCAUCUUCAAGAUCUCUCCCCAUGUCGUCCCUUAAUUCCGUCAACGUUCACCGUUCCCCCACUGCUUCCUCUUUCCAGCCUUCCAUUCUUGUUUUCUCAGGGGGGACGGCUUUUAAUGGCGUCGUUGAAGAGCUUAAGAAGCUGACAACUUGUGUUGCUCAUGUUCUUCCUGUUUCUGAUGAUGGUGGAAGUACGGCUGAGAUUGUUCGUGUUCUAGGUGGUCCAGCAGUUGGAGACAUACGAUCACGAUGCUUGAGAUUAUCCGAUCAAAGUACUUCAGAGGCUCUUGCAGUGAGGAACUUACUUGGUUACAGGUUGCCUCUUGAUCCACAAGAAGCCAAAUUAGAAUGGUACAGUAUUGUAGAAGGAGAACAUUCUUUAUGGAAAGAUGUUUCCAAGGCCUACAGAGAAACCAUUCGUGCCUUUCUGGCUUAUUUUCAGAACCAGAUCCUUCGAAGAACAAAUGAGUCAUUUUGUUUUAGCAAUGGAAGCAUUGGUAACUUUUUCUUUGCAGGAGCACGUAUAUUCUUUCAGUCUUUGGAUGCUGCAAUUUUUUUGUUUUCACGUGUUUCCCAGAUUCCCACUGAAAGUCUUGUUCUUCCAGUUAUAUCCACUAAUGAUCGCCUUACUUUAGGCUGUGAAUUAUGGGAUGGAAUGAUAAUACGUGGUCAGAAUGAGAUAUCUCAUCCCACUAAUGGAUCAUUGCAACUUAUAGAUAAGGAAAAUUCUUCCACACUACCUUCAAGAAUAAAGAGAGUUUUCUACAUGUCAAGUGAAGGAAGCAAUUUAUUGCAUGAGGUGUUUCCCACUGUAAAUCCAUCUGUUCUAGAACAGUUGAGAAAUGUGGAUUGCAUUAUUUAUGGUAUGGGAUCCCUCUUUACUUCCAUCUGCCCUUCUUUGGUUUUACUAGGAGUUGGAGAGGUUAUAGCUUCAAGAUCAUGUGCAAAAGUACUUGUGAUGAAUGGUAGUUGUGAUCGAGAAACUAGUGGAUUUGGAGCCUCUUGCUUUGUUACUGCUAUUACAGAUGCUCUUAAUAGAACUUAUGGACAUCUUAAUAAUCGUCUUAAAAACAAUCCUAGUGAAUAUAUUAACACCAUUUUUGUGCCAAAAGAUGGUGAAAUUCCUGUAGAUAUGAAAUCCUUGGCUACACUAGGAAUUGUACACGUGGUGCGUGUUGAAUCAAUGAAAGAUCCAAAGGUGGGCGUAGUUUAUGAACCAACAUCUUUGAUACAAGCUCUUUCCAAUUUAUUAAAACAAAAAUGAUAAAUCAACAAUGCAAUAACAAUUUUAUUUGAAAAAAAAAAUCGUGAUCCAUUUAUUCUGUAGAUUAUAAAGUAGAAACCUAGCACAAGUGUACACACUCAUCUUAUAGCAUUUUUGUUUACAAGGGAUUAGCUUUGUAUAU